AUGACGGUUUUGCAUAACCAUUUAUUCCUCUAUCUCUCUCUACCUCUUCCUUUCUUCUCUCUUUCACUGCCUCUCUCUUCCUCUUCUUUCUUCUCUCUUUCGUUGCCUCUCUUCUUCUUCUUCUUUCUUCUUUUGUUCAACAAAUAUGUUAUUCUUAUAUGCUUAAAUCUCUAUUUCGCCAAAAAAGGUUUUCAUUGUUCCUCCUCUGUCCACCCGUUCGAUUCCACCGUACAUAUUUUGCCACCAACAUCGUUAUUUGCCUUAAGGAGGAAGAUGAUAAACCUGAUUAUAUUGCAAGGAUUGUCGAGUUCUUCGAAUCUGAAGACAAAGAUCUAUUUUUUACCGCUCAAUAGUUUUACAGAGCCGAAGAUAUUAUAA